AUGCCACUGGUACAGGUGACUCGACAACAGAAGAGUCUUGGAUUUCAUCCAGUUCUCCUCAAAACAGCCGACUUUCGGGGGCUUCAUUCUGCCUCAUCUACAGGACAUGAACAUCUCGUGGAGCUCCUGACCCCACAAGUGGAGCAGAUCGAUGGUGCGGAGCUUGAAACGUUGUCCAUCAAGCAGAUGCCUCAAAAGGACUGGUUGGUCCAAGCUCUAUUAGACCAGGACAUGGGUCCGGAUGAAGCCCAAACAGCCAUUGCUCAGCUGGAUAUGAUCUUCCGUUUGGCAGAGGUGGCCAAGGCAAUGCCGGACCUGAUGGGACAACUUGGAGCACCCACUCCUCGAGCACCUUCCCAGGAGACAGAGCCACCUGUUGUCGAGGCGAGUCCGAAGAGUGGAGAGUUGUUGUGGAGGACACCGAAGCACUUUUCGAGCAGAAAAGAUCCACCAGCAACCCGAGCUCAGGGUGCAGCAGAAGACACCGAUUCUGUGCCUGAAGUCAAGGCAGAGGAGAGAAAGUUUGGUCACACGGGUUCUCAGCACAAGAUGCUUCUACGGGGGGUCGCCACAUCGCCGGCGGUGUCGCCACAUUUGCGGCAGGAUCCUGCCGCAGAGGCCAAAGGUCCACCCAAGGGCCCUGGGAAGGGCAAAGCUGCACAGACAGAGGAGGCAAAGGAAUCAAAAGAAGAAACAAAAGAAGAAGCAAAGGAGGAGCCGAAAGAAGGAGCACCGAAGGGCAAGGGUCCCAAAGGUCCUGCCAAAGGCAAAGGACCCCCAGCCCCAGGUGGCAAAGGACCUCCCGCCCCUGCAGGCAAGGGACCUGCACCUCCGGGUGGUAAAGGACCCGCCCCAGCAGGAAAGGGUGGACCAGCAGCAGGUGGGAAGGCUGGCAAGGCUGGAAAAGGAGCGAAAGGUGGCGCCGGGGGCGGCUCUGGAGAGACCAAGCCAGUUGUGAAACCGAGUCAACCAAUGAAGCCUUUGUGGUGGAGCAAGAUGAUUUUUGGAGCUCAGUUGAAGAAAGGAGAAAGUAUUUGGGAUGAAGUGAAGGAUGAUAUGGAGAAGUUGCCACUGGAAGAACUCACUGAACGUUUCUCCAAGUCUGCUGCUGCCAGAGAAAAGCCGAAGAAGGAGAAGGCGGAGGGGAAGAAGGAGGAACUGAAGUCACUGCGUAUCAUUACAGACCCUCAGAUCGUGGUUGGCAAGGAGGCAUCCCUAAAGAAGCUUCCGGAACCCACUGAAGUCGCCCGUGCAUUGGAUGAGUUGGACGACACAGUGCUUAAUCCCGAGCUACUGCAAGUUGUAAAGGACAAUGCUUGUCCCACACCCGCACAGAUGAAAGAGCUCGGAGAGGCGCGAACGAAGAAUCCCAACGUUCCGCUGGCGCUCCCCGAGAGUUUCAUGUGGGUCAUCGGCCAGAUGCCCGCUUAUCAGCAACGGAUUGAUUGUUGGAGCUUCGCCAUGACCUACAAGGAGCAACAUGCAACAUACCACACAGCAUUGUCGGAUUUCUUGCAGGUGGUCGAAUGCUUUCAAGAGUCUGAGAUGCUACCCACCUUGCUGGGCAUCAUUUUGGCUGUGGGGAAUUACUUGAAUGGUGGCACCAACCGAGGGCAAGCAGAUGGCUUUGAUAUCGAGUCGUUAGCGAAACUGGAAGGCAUCAAGGAUGCGACCGGCAAAGACAUCAGGCACUUCAUUUUCGAUCUUUUUCUGAACCGUAUGACUGAGCAAUCGACUCAAUUUGUGGAAGAGCUGAUGCCUUGCAUGGUAAAUAUGAAUCGUCGGAUCAGCAAGGAUUCUGAUGGAGUGGAGAAGCUUGAUAAGAGUGCGAAGAUCGCAUUCGAAGAUUUCGACCUGUGUGUUACUGCUUUGCAUUCUGAAUUUGUCCAGAAGCAUGAAAUGAUGCAGAUGAUUCUGUCGUACUUUGAAGAUCCUGCAGAUCCAUUCAAGCUUCAGAUGCCAAAGAUUUACUUGGAAGCGAAGGAUAAGCUGGAUGAGCUGAACACCCUGAAGGAUACUGCGAAGGCGCAAGUGUUGAAGUGGUUCAAGGUGCAAGCAAUGAAGAGCAACGAGUUCUGCUUGCUUUGGGACAACCUGCUCAUCCCUGCUAACAUGAUCAUCAAUGCUGACAUGAAGAUGAAGAAGGAGUUCAUGCUCCCUACCUUUUGCCAGAACAAGCCCUUCUCAGCUGAAGAUUUACAGAUCCUUUGGUCAUUCAAAGAGUUUGAUGGCAAGCGCACCGUCAAGAAGAAGACCAAGGAGCGACGCCGUCGGAGGUUUUCACAACGACUCCGCGAUGGGGCAGAAGCGGCUGCUGCGGCAGAGGCCAAGGCAGCUGGAGCUGCAGCCCCUGCGGAAGGAGCACCAGCAGUUGCACCAGGCGUGACACCUGCAGGAUCGUUUUCCGCUUGA